AUGGCUUCAGGCAUGGUAUCUGUCGUCGUCGUCUUUGUAUUCAACCUCGUAGCUUUCAUUCUGGCCAUCGGAGCUGAGCUUAGGAGGAGUACUGCCAGAGUUACUACGGAUAUUAAUAAGAAUUACUACUAUUGUUUGUAUGACUCGGACAUCGCUACAAAGUUAGGCAUGGGCGCAUCAUUACUUCUCAUGGCCAGUCAGGUCCUUGUAAUGAUGCAAGCCAGGUUCUUCUGCCUUGACAAAGCACUCAAUCCCAAGGUCUCAAGGGCUUGGGCAAUCACCCUAUUCUUCGGCUGCUGGGUCACAUUUUCUGUUGCCGAAAUUUGCUUGGUUGGGGGUUCUUUGGUUAAUGCACAACACACCAGAUACAGGACUAUUUUUGGCGGGUUCGUUGGACCUUCUUGCCAAACCCUAGGAAAAGGGGUCUUCUCAGCCGGGGCUGCUUUCGUCGUCCUCACUACCAUAUGCACUCAGUUCUACUACCUUUACUAUACCAAGGCUAUCACUGAUCAGUUGUCUUCUGAUCAGUUCACACAAGAGCCACUCAUCACAACUGUAGUUGAGGCUGCUGAACAAACCUAAAGGACAGGUGAUAU